UUCGUUUUGACAGAUACCUCAGAUUCUCUGAAAUUUUUUGCCAAUAAGUGUAGUCUAAUUUUAGAGUGAAUUUAUUAAUAAAAUAGUAAAAUAAGUACUAAUAUUUUCAUAAAGAUGACUGCUCAAACUAUUCUUUUCGAUUUUUCUGUGGAUUCAGAAAGGACCACUGAUACGAAACAACGACAAGAAAUUGCUAAAGUAGUCCGAGGUGAAGUAGAAAACAUAUUUCCACAAGUCGAACUUGCAUAUCAAAUGACCAUGGAGGAUGGAUUUUUCUGUGUGUUCACAGAAAAUAAGGAGACAAUGAUUACCUUACGCAUUUUUCAACAAGGGCUUGUAACUUUGAAUAUUGAGUAUUACUUAGAAGAUGGAAAAGAACCACUGAUGACUUUCGAUACAAUGCGCACAAUGGAACUAGUUUUACGUCAAAAAUUGCAUUCCGAUCGUUCCAAGUAUUUACCGCCGAUAAAACGUGGUGGAUACAUUGACAUAUACAUGACUAGUUCAGACGAACGAAUCAUCGAAUAUGACAUUGAUGCUUUGGUGUUUGAGGAGCGUUCGCCCUUUCAAAAAAUCCAAAUAUUGCAUUCAAAGACUUUGGGAAACAUGUUGAUUUUGGAUGAAUUACAAAAUAUUGCCGAAUCGGACUUAAUUUACACCGAAACUCUUAUGGGACGUGGUAUCGAAAAUUAUGAAGGGAAAGAGAUUUGUAUAUUAGGCGGUGGAGAUGGUGCAUUACUUUAUGAAUUACUGAAGGAGAAACCCAAAUUCGUCGUGAUGCUUGAAAUUGAUGAAUUGGUGAUGCAAGCAUGUAACAAAUAUUUAAAUACGAUUUGUGGUGAUGUACUUGAAAAGCGCAAAGGUGAUAAUUAUGAAAUUGUUGUUGGUGAUUGUGUGGAGUACAUGAAGAAAUUCAUAAACGAAAAUCGAAAAUUUGAUUAUGUUUUUGGUGAUCUUACUGAUAUUCCAAUAUCUGGUGCUCCUGUUGGCGAAAUUUGGGAUUUUAUACGAACAAUCCUCGAACACUCUUUCAAAAUAUUAAAACCAAAUGGAAAAUAUUUAACACAUGGCAAUGGCACAGCUUGUACGGAAUCCUUGGAGUUAUUUGAAGAUCAAUUGCGAUUGCUUAGACCAAAAGUAAACUUUACUACUUCUAAGGCAUUUGUGCCUUCUUUUAUGGAAGAGUGGCUAUUUUAUCAGGUAUCCUUGGCUUGACCGACUGAAAUGUCCCACAAUUCUCAUAAUACAUUAUGUAAUCAAAUGCAACGGCUAUCUUACCAAAUUACCUUACGAAAUUAUAUGUUUAAUUUCCUCAACGAGACAAUUUUGGAGCCCCGCAAUACUUCAUGGAAAAUUGAAAGUUUAUUUACAUCAAUUCUGAUCAAGAGGGGGUCAUGGCUAUGAAACGCAAUGUACCAUUUACGAGUUUCUUAGUUUAAUAAAAAAGUGUUUCGUAAUACAAUAGUUACAAAUAAUACCAAAUGUGGAUUACUAAUUUAAUUAAGAUUCUGUUUAAG